UGACUUCCUAGCGCGGAGCGUUCUCUACGAACAACGAAACAAAUAAAACCGAACACGCGCGAAUUCGUAGAGACGCGUUUGAUUAACAACGAAACGAAGAUGUGGAAAGCUCGAUUCGCUUUGGUGCUCGCGCUCGUCACGCCCAUCUUGCUCGACGCUCAUCUCCUUCCAUCGGUUCCGGUCGACCGUUCCGAAACUGACCCACAGAACCAGAUAAGCCCAGAAGUUGAUCCAUGGAACCAGACUAGCUUGGAAAUUGAUCCACAGAACCAGACUAGCUUAGAAAUUGAUCCACAGAACCAGACCAGCCCGGAAGCUUAUCCAAAAAUCCAGAUUAGCCCAGAAGUUGAUCCGUGGAACCAGACUAGCUUGGAAAUUGAUCCACAGAACCAGACUAGCCCGGAAGCUUAUCCAAAAAUCCAGAUUAGCCCAGAAAUUGAUCCACGGAAUCAGACUAGCUCGAAAACUGAUCCACAGAAGCUGACUAGUCCAUCAACAGAUCCACAGAAUCAGACUAGCCCGAAUCCCGAUUCCGAGGUGGAACUUCUGCAUUUGUCCAGACGUAUAGUUAAUGGCACGAAGGCGGCAAUAAGCCAGUUUCCUUAUCAGGUAUCUCUUAGAAGAAGUCAGAAUUCUGCGCACUUCUGCGGAGGCUCGCUGAUAGACGAACUGGUAGUACUCACAGCCGCGCAUUGCAUGUUCGACGAGUAUGACAUUCAAAUACAACCCUGGACGAUCAUAGUGAUCGGUGGAGACCUCAAGCUCAGCGAACAAAGCGCGACUAGUCAGAGGAGAGGCGUGGAGAAGAUUCAUGUCCAUCCCCAGUACGAUAGUUCUACCUUGCAGAAUGACAUAGCCGUUCUCGUUCUCAAGAUAAAGUUCGAAUUAACGCCGGAAGUUAACACUGCACCUCUCGCAGCUCGUUCUCCAAUUCCAGGAACUGUCUGCCAGGUUGCAGGAUGGGGUUAUCCAGCGGAAAAUUACCCAUGGGUGACUGAGAGCCUCAUGUACGUGGAUCUGCCGUUGUUGAGUCACGGCACGUGUAAGUAUCUUCUGGAGAACAUAACGGACUUCCCACCGGGGAUGCUUUGCGCAGGAUAUCUGGAAGGCCAGAGGGACUCUUGUCAAGGCGAUUCCGGUGGCGGAAUGAUCUGCGACGGCGUGCUAACUGGCGUGGUUUCCGGUGGCGAUGGUUGUGCCCGGCCUCGAACCCCAGGUGUAUACUCGGAUGUCUAUUUCUUCAGUGACUGGGUCAAAAACCACUUCGUAGAGGCAACAACAUUGGACAUUAAAAUACCAGACUCUGGCUCUAAGCAGGUAAUGGCUACCACGCUGUUACCCUCGAUUCUAUUCUCCAUGCUGCUCCAUAUCUGACGUUGAGCGAACAGUGCUGUGUACAUCCGUUUGCGAAUAUUCUAGGUCCGAUUCUAAAUCUCAGGCCAAUCGAAUAUAAGCGAAUUU